CAGAAGCACUAAAAGCUGUUGGAGUCCUGCGCCACAGACACCGCCACGCAUGACAGUCCCUCAUCCUGUGCCACAGAAAACCAUGAGCACCCCCAACAACACAGCCAGCAAUGCAGUGAUACAGCCUUCCAACAGCAUUGCAGUACCCAGAUUAGCUUCAGCAUGUAGGUCGUUAUUCGUCAGCACAGAUGAGCCAAGCGGCUCUGUAAUGUCAGCUACACUAGUGUCGCCAGCAGCAGCUACGCCUUCUGUCUUUUGUGGGUUGCCAUCGCAGAGUGGAGAUGUGGGUGAAGUGUGUGUGGUACCUGAUGCACAAUUUCAGAUGACUGUGGCUUCCACAUCUUGUGCGACGCCAUCUGCCAGCGAAGAUGUAUCGCGAAGCUCCAUAGUACCUCAUGCACCAGUGUCACAUGCAGUGACUGUACCUGCAGUGUCUUGUGGUGAGUUCGAUACAUAAUUUCUAGUACCAGGACAUGUUUGCGCUGGCUAUGCAAGCUGUAGUGUUCAUUUGUGUUGUGUA